CAUGUUACAACACCUGACCUGUCUGCAAUUUUACAUAGUGCGAGCGAGGCUUAGAAUCACCUGCCCGCUGACAUCGUAAUCAUUGUAUGGACUACAUGCUUGAGUAACACAACUUGGUGAUCAGCGGUGGUAAGAGAGGUUGCAGGAAGAAACUCACUAACCUGCCUGUCGCAAUUGCAUCUGUCCAUCGGUAGGAGUGACCAAUGCACAGUCCUUGUGGAGACAAAGCCUCAUGUUCUCUAAAGAUUGAAAAGAUUUCCAUCUACCUUUUGUUGGAGAAUCCUAUACAGGAGAAUGCCUGCUUCCAUUGCACAUGUUUGAUGAACAGAGAACAGUGCAUGUUUGAGCCUCACUUCUGUGAUGACAACAUUGUUGUGAUAAAACGGAAGCUCUUGUUUGUCGCUAACAAAAUAGCAUUGACUGCUUUUAGCUGGUUCUUUCUAUUACUCUUCGUACAGACCAAGUGUUUGCAGCAAUUUGAACUCAUUACUGAGAUCCUAACAUCGCAAAGUUUCAAUCAGAUACUAUGCUUUUUUUAUGCACCUAGACUUAAUGUGAUUGCAUAUGAUAUACAGGAGGUGGUAAAUAUAGUCAGGGUCCUUCAGAUGAGUCAUAUUGCCACCACUUGCAAGAAUCUAAUUGACAGUUGUGCUUUGCACAUUUCUGGGAUGGCCCAGGAGGGAAAACAGUGCUCUCAGAUCUCACCUCCGUUUUAUUGUAAUGCUGAUAAAGAACUUGAUUUAUCCACCAAGAUUUAUCCAAGAGAAGGGAAUAAACCAUAUUUGGUGAAAGUAGAGGAUACAAUGGCAAAACGGCAUUUGAAAACAAGAGACCAAGCAUAUUAUGAAGAAAAUAAGCAAGUUGAAGAUGUUUGUGGAAUGGAAGGAGAUGCAGAAGACUCUAAUGACUCAGAUGACCAACGAUCCUAUAACCGAGAACAAAUCAUAGUUGAGGUAAAUCUUAAUAACCAGACUUUAAAUGUUUCAAAAGGGACAGAGGGUGUGUCUUCACAGUCUGAGAAAACUGCCACCGUUGACUCCAGUGAUGGCGAUAAUGAAGAAGAUGAUGAUGAUGUGGAUGAUGACAUUGACACUGAAGAUGACGGACGGGAUGAAGAAGAAAUAGAAGAUGACAUCAAACACCGAAAAACCAAAGAAACCAGCAGAAUGGGGGCAGCAGAAGCAACUCCUUCAAGGGAAAGUGCAAAGAUUAAUUUGUCCAAACAGCGAAAGAGAAAAAGUAAAAACCCCAAAGCUCCAACGCAGAAAGAAAAACAGAUUGAAGAAAAACAGAAUCUCACUUGUGAGAAAUGUCCCAGAGUCUUCAAUAAUCGCUGGUAUCUUGAAAAGCACAUGAAUGUCACUCACAGUCGAAUGCAGAUCUGUGAUAAGUGUGGGAAAAAAUUUGUGUUGGAAAGUGAACUCGUCCUUCAUCAACAAACUGAGUGUGAAAAAAAUAUUCAGUGUGUAUCCUGUGGAAAAUCUUUCAAGAAGCUGUGGUCUCUGCAUGAGCACAUCAAAGUUGUUCAUGGCUUUGCUGAAAAGAAAUUCUCCUGUGAGAUUUGUGAGAAGAAAUUCUACACAAUGGCUCAUGUUCGAAAACACAUGGUCGCACAUACUAAAGAUAUGCCAUUCACCUGUGAAACAUGUGGGAAAUCUUUCAAGCGCAGUAUGUCAUUGAAGGUUCAUUCUCUUCAACAUUCAGGAGAGAAGCCUUUCAAAUGUGAGAACUGUGAUGAACGAUUUCAGUACAAGUACCAACUUCGCUCUCACAUGAGUAUUCAUAUUGGCCAUAAACAGUUCAUGUGCCAGUGGUGUGGCAAGGACUUCAACAUGAAACAGUAUUUUGAUGAGCAUAUGAAAACUCACACCGGAGAAAAGCCAUUUAUCUGUGAAAUCUGUGGCAAAAGUUUCACAAGCCGACCAAACAUGAAGCGCCAUCGCAGAACUCAUACUGGGGAGAAACCAUAUCCCUGCGAUGUUUGUGGUCAACGAUUCCGAUUCUCCAACAUGUUGAAAGCCCACAAGGAGAAGUGUUUCCGGGUCACCAGCCCCGUCAACUUCCCACCUACUACCACCACUGUCUCUUUUGCCACCACACCCGCAUCCCCACCUCCACCAGUUACCAUAAGCUCUCUCAGCUCACUUCCUCCUCGACCAAUGCCACACCCACUUUCCCAUCUACAUCUUCACCCCCAUCAUCAUACGCUAUCAAUUCCAACUAUUGCACGCCUUCCACCACCACCGGCCCUUUUCAAUGCUGAAGCAGUGAACCAUAGAUGCCAAAAUGAGAGCACUUUCCUGCACCAUAUUUCUGAAAAAAACACUGCAGCAAGUGGAAGCCACCAUCACUGAAACUUGGAUAUUUGAAUUUUACUUUAAGUUGUGCUGAAUAUUUAGUGAUGCUCCUAUUAACUGUGCACUAAGCAGCAAAACAAAGACCGAGCAAUCAUGGUGAACUACAAAUAUUAUUUUACUAAACUUCAGUGUACUUAUUGCGGUUGUAGAACUAGCAAAAUAAUUUUUAUCUAAUCUAUUGUGUAAGACAACUAAGCUGUGUGUACAGUGAACUAAGGUUUUAUCAUUUUUAAGGAAUUCAGAUGUAUCCAGUUUUGUCAUUUGAUAUCUGUUGAUAAGAUAUGCUUUUUUAUAUUGGACUAUUCCUUUUGCAUUAAGAAAGUAUGCUUAUUUCUAUUGCAUUGAUAAAAUAUUCUGGGGAAAUUUAAUGUACUAAAUUAAAUAAUUUCAUUUUUAUUGUGAGAGAUAAGAGCAUUACAUAUUAUCACUGUGCAACAAGGAUUUUUCUGAAGCUAAUAGUUAAGACUAGAUCAUGUUCUAGCCUAACCUGUCCAUAUGAAGCAUUAUGAAGUCCUGUUAAUACAAAUGUCUUUCACUUAACUAAAAAAAGUUUUUAAAUGUCUGUGUAGCAUAUUUAGAAAUAAUUCUAAGAUAUAAAUGUAUGUCAUUAAACGUUGUAAUAAUUAUAUUUUUGUUCUUGUAGCUGUUACAUACAUAAAGCUCAGUUUUACAAA